AUGGCCGAGAUGGAAAUGGAGGACAACGGUUCGCAUGGAGGAGGAGAAGGAUAUGAUGACGAGGGCCACGAGGAGGCGGACUGUGACACUGCUCCCUCUGAAAAUGACCUGGUUUACGCAGAGUCGGCGGUUGUGGGCGCAGGAGCGGCCACUGCUGGAGCUGCUGGAGCCAAGUUUGCCAAGGGAGGCGCCGCUGGAGCGGCUGCCAAGGGUGGAGCUUUUGGUACCGCUGGAGCUGCUGGUGGAAAGGCGGGCGGUUUCGCUGCCGGUGCCGCUGGGGGAGCUGCUGGUUUCAAGAAGGGCGGAAAGACAGCGGGAGCUGCUGCCGCCGGUGGUGCCUACAAGAAGGGCUUCAAGUCGGGCAAGUUCGGAAAGAUGGGCGCCGCAGGAUUCAACAAGAAGUUUGGCGCAGUGAAGACCUUCGGUGCGGCGCAGGGUUUCAAGUUCGGCAAGGCUGGUGGCGCUUACGCUGCUGGUGGUGCUGCUGGUGCCGCCGGAAAGAAGGCCGCUUUCGGCAAGGCCGGUGGAGCUGCCGGAUUCAAGAAGGCCGCCGCAGGAAAGGCUGCCGGUUACGGCGCCGCUGGAGCAGCGAAGGGUGGAAAGUUUGGCACCGCCGGCGCCAAGGCUGGUUUUGCCAAGUCGGGAGCUUCAGGAGCCGCUUUCAAGGCUGGCGGCGGCAAAGCUGUCGGUGGAGGUGUUCUCGGCUAG